GGAAUUGACUCGGGCAGUCGGUUCCAUUUGCCGAAGAACUAGAAGAGCGGAUCGUCUUCUUCGUCUUCCUCAUAAUUUCGUCUGUUUCGGAUCUGAGCGGUAAAUUUGUUGUAUUCGUAUAUUACAAUAAGAUCGAGCGGGUGACGCGGUGGGGGUUUCUGCUGGUAGUUUCUGGGAAUGUAAAGCGCACUUAGGAGGUAGGAGGCUUUAGAGAAUUUUCUUGGUGGUUUCGUUUGGACGGGGGGGAAGGGUAUUUGAAUGAGGGAGGAGUGUGGUUGUGGAGGUAGAGAAACAAGUUACAAAAGCGAUUACAAGAGCUAGUGAUGGAAAGCUAUUUGGACGAGAACUUCUCAGGCGUGAAGCCAAAGCAUUCGUCGGAUGAGGUGUUGCAGAGAUGGAGGAAUCUUUGCAGUGUUGUCAAGAACCCCAAGCGAAGGUUCCGCUUCACUGCCAACCUCUCCAAGCGUGGCGAGGCGGCUGCUAUGCGCCGCACCAAUCAGGAGAAAUUGAGAAUUGCGGUAUUGGUUUCCAAAGCAGCAUUUCAAUUUAUCCAAGGUGUACCUGUCAGCGACUAUGUUGUACCUGAGGAAAUCAAAGCUGCAGGUUUUCAGAUUUGUGCUGAUGAAUUGGGAUCCAUUGUCGAAGGCCAUGAUGUAAAGAAGCUGAAAAUUCAUGGUGGGGUAGAUGGUAUUGCAGAAAAGCUAUCCACAAGUACAACCAAUGGGCUUACUGCCGACAAUAAAUUGCUGAAUCACAGACAAGAGAUUUAUGGGAUAAAUAAAUUCACUGAAACUCAAGCUCGAGGCUUCUUGGUAUUUGUUUGGGAAGCCCUUCAUGACAUGACACUCAUAAUCCUUGCUGUGUGUGCGCUUGUGUCUCUGAUAGUUGGCAUUGCAAUGGAAGGGUGGCCGGUGGGGGCCCAUGAUGGCCUUGGGAUUGUUGCUAGUAUCUUGUUGGUUGUGUUAGUCACGGCAACAAGUGAUUAUCGGCAAUCUUUACAGUUUAGGGAUUUGGACAAAGAGAAGAAGAAGAUCUCCAUUCAGGUCACAAGGAAUGGAUAUAGGCACAAAAUGUCGAUAUAUGAUUUGCUUCCUGGUGAUAUUGUGCAUCUUUCUAUUGGAGACCAGGUCCCUGCUGAUGGACUUUUUGUUUCAGGAUUUUGUGUGUCAAUUGAUGAAUCAAGUUUAACUGGAGAGAGUGAACCAGUAAUGGUAAGUGCAGAAAAUCCUUUUCUGCUGUCUGGAACUAAGGUUCAAGAUGGAUCAUGCAAGAUGAUGAUUACUACUGUUGGAAUGAGAACCCAAUGGGGUAAAUUGAUGGCCACUCUUAGUGAAGGGGGAGAUGAUGAGACUCCAUUGCAAGUUAAAUUGAAUGGAGUGGCAACCUUUAUUGGGAAGAUAGGCCUUUUCUUUGCUGUGGUGACAUUUGCGGUUCUGGUUCAAGGAUUGUUUAGCCGUAAACUGGGAGAGGGGACCCACAGGAGUUGGUCAGGAGAUGAUGCAUUGGAAAUGUUGGAAUUCUUUGCCAUUGCUGUUACAAUUGUUGUUGUCGCAGUCCCUGAGGGGCUGCCUUUGGCUGUCACAUUGAGCCUUGCUUUCGCAAUGAAGAAGAUGAUGAAUGACAAGGCACUCGUCCGCCAUCUGGCAGCUUGUGAGACGAUGGGUUCUGCAACAUGUAUCUGCAGUGACAAGACUGGGACUCUAACUACUAACCACAUGACUGUUGUGAAAUCAUGCAUUUGUAUGAAUGUGAAGGAUGUGGACCGACAGAGCAAUGCUUCUAGUUUCUGUUCUGAAAUCCCAGAUUCUACUGUGAAACUUCUGCUACAAUCGAUAUUUAAUAACUCUGGUGGAGAAGUCGUGAUUAACAAAGAAGGGAAGCUUGAGAUACUGGGAUCGCCCACUGAUGCUGCUUUGCUGGAGUUUGGAUUGUUCCUUGGUGGAGACUUUCAAGGAGAGCGACAAGCACCCAAAAUAAUUAAGGUUGAGCCAUUCAAUUCAACAAAGAAGCGAAUGGGUGUAGUGCUAGAACUUCCAGAAGGAGGUCUGCGAGCCCAUACUAAAGGUGCUUCAGAAAUUAUUUUGGCUGCCUGUGACAAGAUGAUCGAUUCUAAUGGUGAGGUUGUUCCCCUUGAUGAAGCAUCUAUUGACCAUCUUAAGGCUACAAUCAAUCAAUUUGCUAGUGAAGCACUUCGAACUCUAUGCCUUGCCUAUAUGGAACUGGAGAAUGGGUUUUCCCCCAAUGAUCCUAUUCCUCUUUCGGGAUAUACCUGUAUAGGUAUUGUGGGUAUCAAAGAUCCUGUUCGCCCAGGUGUUAAGGAGUCCGUUGCAAUUUGUCGCUCAGCUGGCAUUACUGUAAGGAUGGUUACAGGUGACAACAUAAAUACUGCCAAGGCUAUUGCUAGAGAAUGUGGAAUUCUCACUGAUGAUGGUAUAGCCAUCGAAGGUCCAGAUUUUAGAGAGAAGAGCGAAGAAGAAUUGUUUGAACUAAUUCCCAAAAUUCAGGUAAUGGCUCGAUCUUCACCUUUGGACAAGCAUACACUGGUGAAACACUUAAGAACCACAUUUGGUGAAGUUGUUGCUGUGACCGGUGAUGGAACAAAUGAUGCACCAGCACUUCAUGAGGCAGAUAUUGGGCUGGCAAUGGGCAUUGCUGGAACUGAGGUGGCUAAAGAGAGUGCUGAUGUAAUCAUCUUGGAUGAUAAUUUCUCCACAAUUGCGACUGUGGCCAAAUGGGGACGUUCAGUCUACAUAAAUAUUCAAAAAUUUGUACAGUUCCAACUUACGGUUAAUGUGGUUGCAUUAAUAGUCAACUUCUCUUCAGCUUGUUUGACAGGAAAUGCUCCUCUCACGGCUGUUCAGCUUCUGUGGGUCAACAUGAUCAUGGAUACACUGGGAGCUCUUGCAUUAGCAACUGAGCCACCUACUGAUGAAUUAAUGAAGAGAGCACCAGUUGGAAGAAGAGGAAAUUUUAUCAGUAAUGUCAUGUGGAGAAAUAUCCUAGGCCAGUCCCUAUAUCAGUUUCUGGUAAUAUGGUAUCUUCAGGUAGAAGGGAAAGCACUAUUUCAGCUCAAUGGCCCUGAUUCUGAUCUGAUCCUGAAGACACUUAUUUUCAACUCAUUUGUCUUCUGCCAGGUUUUCAAUGAGAUAAGCUCCCGAGAAAUGGAGAAAAUCAAUGUAUUCAAAGGCAUACUGGAUAACUAUGUAUUUGCUGCUGUUCUCACUUCCACCGUCUUUUUCCAGAUCAUAAUCAUCGAGUACCUGGGUACAUAUGCAAACACAUCGCCUCUCACUCUAUCCCAAUGGUUCCUCAGUGUUUUUAUUGGGUUCCUAGGCAUGCCAAUCGCUGCGGCCUUAAAGAUGAUCCCUGUGGCAAGUCAAUGAGUGAGAGAUGCUGAUUUUUAAAUUUUGUGCGCCUUUCCUUGGAAUAGGGCUUAUUGCAUGUCUUGAUGGGUUUAGAAACCUCAAAAGGUUGACUUGUCAUUUUACAAGCAUAACUGAACUCCAAUUAUUGUAAGAUUCAACGUUUUCUUUGUUUUUAUUAGCUUUUUGUGGAAACCUAAAGAAGAAUAGGGUCCUCUGCUUGGCUGCAAGAUGUAACUUCAGAUGUUAGCAUUUUAUUUUUCAGUAAUGGGAAAUUCUUUUGUUAAGUUUCUUGUAAUUUUAUUCUGAUACCAUUUAUCCUCUUUUGUUGUUUAUGAUUAGUGAAGGAAAUUCUUUUGUUAA